GUGCCAAUCCAUCCCAGGGCACACACACAAUUUGGGAACGCCAAUGAGGGCUAACCUAUCUGUGUUUGGAUUGUUGGAGGACACUGAAGUACCCGGAGGAAACCUGGGUGAGAACAUGCAAACUCCACGCACACAGACCAGAGGUGGGAAUCGAACCCUCUGCUCUGGAGGUGGGAGGCCACAAUGCUAACCACUACUAGAACAUCAGAUCAAAAAUGGCGUUUGGCAGUGAAGGAGUUUUUUUGGUGAUCCAGGAGAAGGAUUACUACACAGUGUGAUGGAUAUUUAUGGAUUACAGAUUUCCCUUGGUUUUUUUUCCCCCGUCCGUCACGCCCCCUCUCUCCACUCUCCAAGUCAGGAAGAAAGUUCGAGAGUUCCUCUGGUGAAGCUUUCUUCUUUCUUUCCCCGUCGACGCGCUUCGGUUUAACCCCGCUCUAUAUUAUUUUCCCGCUCUGUAUUAUUUUCCCGCUCCGAUGGCUCUCCGGAACGCUCUUCUUCGCGUUCUGCGUAAACCUCUGCGCGACGACUCGAGCGCGCGAGUGUUGCCGCAGUCUCGCGCGGUGCACAGCCCCGCUGUACCAGACGAACGCGCACGAGCCGCUGCCACCUCCACCACCGCCGCCGCUGCUGACGCAACCGACGCCGAGAUGAAGCACGCAGGUCCGGUGAAGAGCCUGCGUGAAAUGCCGGGUCCAGGCGUCAUCGGAAACCUCAUAGAGUUUUUCUACAGAGACGGGUUCAGCCGCAUCCACGAGAUCCAGAUGGAGCACAGUCAGAAGUAUGGGAAGAUCUUUAAGUCACGCUUUGGGCCGCAGCUUGUCGUGUCGAUAGCAGACCGAGAUUUGGUAGCGCAGGUGCUCAGGGCUGAAGGUGUAGCACCUCAAAGAGCUAACAUGGAGUCAUGGAAAGAGUACAGAGACAUGAGGGGACGCGCCACUGGCCUCAUCUCUGCCGAGGCUGAUGAGUGGCUGAAGAUGCGCAGUGUGCUUCGACAGCUCAUCAUGCGUCCACGAGAUGUUGCAAUAUUCUCAGACGAUGUUAAUGAAGUGGUGGCAGACCUUGUGGUUAAAGUGCGUAAAUUGCGCAGUGAGCAACCUGACGGACUGACAGUCCUCAACGUCAAUGAUCUGUUCUUCAAAUUUGCUAUGGAAGGUGUGGCGACCAUCUUGUACGAGACCCGCCUGGGCUGCCUGGAAGAUGAGAUUCCCAAGAUGAGCCAAGAAUACAUCGAGGCCCUCCAUCUCAUGUUUAGCUCCUUCAAGACUUCCAUGUACGCAGGCGCCAUCCCCAAAUGGCUACGACCCAUCAUUCCCAAACCAUGGGAGGAAUUCUGCCAUUCCUGGGAUGGACUCUUUAAAUUCAGUCAGAUUCACAUUGACAGGAAGUUGGCGGAGAUCAAGCAGAAGGUGGAGAAAAGAGAGGAGGUGAAAGGAGGUCUGCUUACUCACAUGCUGGUCACUAAAGAGAUGAAUCUGGAGGAGAUUUAUGCCAACAUGACUGAAAUGCUCUUGGCUGGUGUGGACACGACGUCUUUUACAUUAUCGUGGAGUACAUACCUCCUAGCUAAGCAUCCCAUGGUGCAACAGCAGAUCUAUGAGGAAGUGACACGCGAGCUUGGUGGAAGAGUCCCCACUGCCGAUGAUGUUCCUCAGUUGCCACUCGUUAAAGGACUCGUCAAGGAGACACUCAGGCUUUAUCCUGUUCUUCCUGGAAAUGGUCGAAUCACUCAGGAUGACCUGAUUGUGGGAGGUUAUUUCAUUCCCAAAGGGACUCAGUUGGCUCUUUGUCAUUACUCCACCUCCAUGGAUGAGGAGUAUUUUCCCAAAGCGGAGGAGUUCCGUCCUGAUCGCUGGCUCCGCAAAGACACUUCGGAUAGAGUGGACAAUUUUGGCUCAAUUCCCUUUGGCUACGGCAUCAGAAGUUGCAUCGGCAGGAGAAUAGCAGAACUUGAGAUGUACUUAGGUCUCACCCAGCUCCUUCAGAAGUUCCGUAUCGAGGUGUCUCCACUCACAGGCAACAUCCGGGCCCAAACUCAUGGCCUGCUGUGUCCUUCUGCUCCCAUCAAUGUCAGGUUUAUCGACCGUGCAUAAACCCCCAUGUCCUUCUUAAAUGCACAUACUGUCCAAUCCAAAAGUAUUUGAGCAUUUGAGUAUUUUUACCUCAAUGGAUUUGAAAGAUUUUAUUCAAGGAGGUUAACAAAAAUAUUGCCGUUUAUGAAUUAAAACCGUUUUUCACACUUUCUUCAUUUUUACAGGUUACAAAGUUAUUAAAUAAAUGAAUAAAAAGCAGUUUUAUGUCCCAUUGUGGUAACUGUUAUGGGAAUUCUCAAAAUGGACCUAAGUGACUGGUGAUUAUUGACGAUGUGCCUGCAGUUAGAGCUAGAAGGUCAAAACCAAAGAUCAAAGGAUUUCAAGGGAGGAAACUCAGCAUUCGGUCAUGUCCUUGGGUUCAGAACUUCAGGAUUUAGUUUACUGCAAAGUUUUUUUUGCAUCCAUGUAUUAAAAUAUUCAGAUUCAUAAUGAUAACGUUAGUUCGUCCAGAUGCCUUUGAGCCUUUGUAAAAGUGGCUUCAAUUCUUAAAUGGUUAAUACAUUGUUUUUGUUAAACCCCUUUAAUUAAAGUUGACAGUCUGCGCACUGAAAUCCCAUCUUAAUUGCUUGAUUUAAUCUAUUGGGGUAAUUAGCAGAGGCAGCAAUAUGGAACUUGUAUAGUAUAAAAGUUAUAUAAUAUAAAAUAUAUUAAUAAAAUAUAGUGUAUAAGUUAAUUGUUUUAUCUUGACUUAAAUAAUUACAUCAUGGGUUCUGUUUCUGUGUUAUGCCUUACUUAGACCAUAGACCAUAAGUGGUGUCAUAACUGUGUCAUAACAGAAAGCCAUUUUUUUUUAAAUAUAAAUCUGUCAAAAUUAUUUACCAAUCUUUUUCAUCAUGUUAAAUUUUAUUUCAUAGGUUAAAAUAAAUAGUUUUUUUUUUAGAUUGGAGCAGCGGUUCAGCAAACUGCAAGAAAAUUCUCUUAAUUAGUCUCUUUAUUACAAAGAUUUUGUAUGACAGUUUUCUGCCUUGUGUGUAAAUACAAAAUGCAUGACGCAAAUCGAUCCUUUCUAACAUUUUAAGACUUUGUAGUGGCUGAGAAAUAAGCAGAGUUGUGUGUGCCUUGUGUCAAGGUGCUCAGUGAGAUAGAAUUUGUACUGUACAUGUAAUUUGUACAGUAAUAUGUUGCUUAUUCUAUUUAGUAGAAUAUUUAAAAGUUUCACAACAAUGUGUAAAUAAAGAACAAUAAACAUCAAGAAU